UGCGCGUGCGUACCUCUUGAUUCAAUCCAAUAUGUCGAUGUGAUCGGUAGUUUGUGCGUACAUGGUUAGGAUUACUUUGCUCGGUGAUUUUACGGUGUGCGUAAAUUUGUACAAGCAUCACUGAACAAUGAUCUAAAAUUCCCGCGUAGUGCUCCAAUCGUAAGAAAAUAAUUGUGAUAUAGUCAAGAAACAAUAAGAUCGCGACAAUAUGAUGCAAUUUAUGUUACUGUUCAGUCGUCAAGGCAAACUCCGUUUGCAAAAAUGGUACGUCGCCCAUCCGGACAAGCUAAAGAAGAAAAUCACGCGAGAACUGAUCACAACGAUACUCGCGAGAAAGCCGAAAAUGUCGAGUUUCUUAGAAUGGAAGGACGUGAAGGUCGUUUAUAAGAGGUAUGCGAGCUUGUAUUUUUGUUGUGCAAUUGAACAGAAUGAUAAUGAGUUGCUGACCUUGGAAAUUAUACAUCGUUAUGUCGAAUUGUUGGAUAAGUAUUUCGGCAGUGUAUGCGAGCUGGAUAUAAUUUUCAAUUUCGAAAAGGCAUACUUUAUCUUAGACGAGUUGCUUGUUGGUGGGGAGAUUCAAGAGACUAGCAAAAAAAAUGUUUUGAAAGCCAUUGCUGCUCAGGACCUGUUACAGGAGGACGAAGCUGUGGAAGGUGCUCUGCGGGAGAUAGGGCUUUUAUAGGUACCCUAUUGCUUGCAUGAGCUUCACGGACAGAGUAUCGACCCACACGAUCAACCCAAAAACCAGAAAAGGCUUACCUGCUGCAUGAUGUCACAUUACGACUCUACUAUAUAUACAUAAAUACAUGAAUUCUCUCAAAUCAACUUUACUAGUCAUAUACAGGACGUUUGAGGCAUCCUGCAAUUUUUUUUAUCUCGGCUAUAAGUUCUUUGACGAGUCAGUCUUUCUCUGACAAACUUUUUAGAAGAUAGAGAUUUAUGAAACUGUUUUACCAGUCUGACUGCAAAAAAUUAAAAUAUAAACUUUCUUUAAUUAACGCGAACUUACAGUCAAGAAAAAAAAUUGUGCGAUGCCUGGAACACAGUCUGUGUAUGUUACUAUAUUUUUGUAUUAAGAACAUUUAUCUCUCACGCGUAGUGAAGUAAAUGUCACGUUACCAAUCUAAGGCUGAACUACCAAGUUCAAUCUUAAUGAAUGUAAAUGGCGAUAGUUACCCACCCCACUCGUACUUUAUAGUCUUUUAUAGUCUUUUCAACUGUGGCAAUAAGAGCAUCUGUAUUUAUAAGUUAUUUUCAUGAGGACAUUUGUAUGUGUUAUUGAAGAGCGUCAGUAUUUAAUGUGAUUAAUGAUAGAGCACGUAUAUACACAUUAUAUACUUCUAUCUAGUUUUAAAAACUAAUUACCAGGCAAAAAACUAAAAAAACUUAUCUUUAUACACUUUGUAUUCUAUGUAUAUAUACACGUAUAUACUGUAAGAAGAAUGUCAAUUUUUCGAUGUCAUUAUACAUUAAGUGUAACUAGUAAUAAAUAUAUAGAAUGAAAUCUUUUAAA